AUGGCCGCGGUGGCCGUCCUCCGGAACGAUUCGCUGCAAGCCUUCCUCCAGGACCGCACCCCCAGCGCCUCUCCGGACCUGGGCAAACAUUCGCCCCUGGCGCUGCUGGCUGCCACCUGUAGCCGGAUAGGCCAGCCGGGCGCGGUGGCGCCCCCGGACUUCCUACAGGUGCCCUACGACCCCGCGCUGGGCUCGCCCUCCAGGCUCUUCCACCCGUGGACAGCCGACAUGCCGGCGCACUCGCCAAGCUCGCUGCCGCCCCCGCACCCCAGCCUGGGGCUUACGCCGCAGAAGACACACCUGCAGCCGUCUUUCGGGGCAGCACACGAGCUGCCGCUUACACCCCCCGCCGAUCCCUCGUACCCAUAUGAGUUCUCGCCGGUCAAGAUGUUGCCCUCGAGCAUGGCGGCGCUGCCCUCCAGCUGCGCGCCCGCCUACGUGCCCUACGCGACGCAGGCGGCGCUGCCGCCCGGCUACUCCAACUUGCUGCCGCCGCCACCGCCCCCGCCGCCUACUUGCCGCCAGCUAUCUCCUAACCCGGCCCCGGACGACCUGCCCUGGUGGAGCAUCCCGCAGGCCGGCGCCGGGCCAGGAUCAUCCGGGGUUGCGGGGGGCAGCCUCCCCGGCGCCUGUGCAGGGGGCCCCCACGCGCCUCGCUACCCCGCCUCGGCGGCCGCCGCCGCUGCAGCAGCCGCCCUACAGCGGGGCCUGGUGUUGGGCCCGUCGGACUUUGCGCAGUACCAGAGCCAGAUUGCCGCGCUGUUGCAGACCAAGGCCCCCCUGGCGGCCACGGCCAGGAGGUGCCGCCGCUGCCGCUGCCCCAACUGCCAGGCGGCGGGCGGCACCCCCGAGGCGGAGCCGGGCAAGAAGAAGCAGCACGUGUGCCACGUGCCCGGCUGUGGCAAGGUGUACGGCAAGACCUCGCACCUGAAGGCGCACCUUCGCUGGCACACGGGCGAGCGGCCCUUCGUGUGCAACUGGCUGUUUUGCGGUAAGAGUUUCACUCGGUCGGACGAGCUGCAGCGGCACCUGCGGACUCAUACCGGCGAGAAGCGCUUCGCUUGCCCAGAGUGCGGUAAGCGCUUCAUGCGCAGCGACCACCUCGCCAAGCACGUUAAGACGCACCAGAAUAAGAAGCUGAAAAUUGCCGAGGCUGGGGUCAAGCGGGAGGAUCCGCGGGAUCUGUGA